GUUUACAUCGUAAAAUUGAUUGUAGUUGUUACAUUUUAAAUGACAGGGUUAUCGUUUCAGUGUCGCGAAGCAUAUGACCAAAAUUUUAUCGACUCUUUCAGGGGAAACCUGUGCAAAAUCGGACAAAAUUAUUGCUGUUAUGUUAUUUUCGACCUUAGACAUAACAUUUCGAGGUUUUUGAGUGUACAUUCCUUUGCUUUUUUACAUAUUAAUCGAUAAACAAUAUAUGUACUUUGCUUAUCAAUGUUUUGAACAUAAUAUUUGUGUUUUAAAAUGAUCAAUAGUCUCCCCUGAAUAUUGAUAAACUAUCAAACUGUACGUGAAUAAUUUGAAAUAACCUAAAUAACAUUAAAUUGUGUUUAGUUGGAAUUUAAGGCGGUACUAGUAAUGUUCACGUACUGGUAUACUUUGAUACUAGUAAGGCAGGUAGUGCGUGGGUGAUAUGAGCUGUCAGCAAAGGGUUAAAUGUAAUUUUUUUAGUAUCAGUGUUAGAAAAAAAUGUUUUUGACGUACAGCACCAGCUAUGAAGGAUACGAAGAAAUCGUUGACUCAGAUGUUCACACAUCGUACUCUCACAAACUGCGAGCCAUUUUCUCCCUAGCAAAAAAGAAAGUGUGCAGCAUAUGGACGAAGAAAACCCUGUACAAAAGAUUUCCAAUCUUGCAAUGGUUACCCCUGUAUAAUUCGGAUUGUACGGUAGGUGAUCUUCUGGCCGGUUUCACAGUAGGCCUCACGGUUAUCCCCCAAGCUCUGGCCUACGCCAGUAUAGCAGGCCUACCUCCCCAGUACGGCUUAUACGGUUCAUUUCUGGGAUGUUUCGUUUACAUCUUGCUGGGAAGUUGCAAGGACGUCCCAGUCGGACCUACAGCAGUCGCCGCCUUAAUGACGUUUCAAGCUGUCAACGGCAGAGGCGUUGAACACGCUGUAUUGUUGUGUUUUUUGUCGGGAGUCAUACAACUCCUGAUGGGAUUCUUUGGAUUAGGUUUUUUGAUAGAUUUUGUUUCUGGCCCUGUGUCUUCCGGAUUUACGUCUGCCGCGGCCUUGAUUAUUGUGACGUCACAAGUGAAGGACUUGCUUGGUAUAAGUGCAUCGGGAAAUACCUUUGUAGAUACAUGGAAAAGUAUAUUUAAGGAUAUCCACAAUAUCAGGAUGUGGGACACGGUUCUAGGUGUUGGAUGUAUCAUUAUCUUGCUACUUUUAAGGAUAGUGGCUCAAAUAAAUUUUGGAGACAAAUCCGAGACCAGCAAAACCAACAAAAUCAUCAACAAGUCCUUGUGGGUGUUCGGUACAUCCAGAAACGCCAUCCUAGUCAUAGUUUCCGGCAUUGUCGGGUACUUCUUCUGCACCAGCGGAGAACCACCCUUUAAAGUGAUUGGUGAAGUACCUCAAGGUUUGCCAGACUUCCAACUUCCUCCUUUUGGGUACUCGAAGGAGAAUAAUGGUACCAUCACUGAAGUUGGGAUCAUGGAGAUGAUAAGUAACCUAGGAAGUGGGAUUAUUGUAGUUCCUUUGGUGGGAUUUCUGGAAAAUAUAGCUAUUUGCAAAGCUUUUUCUAAUGGAAAACCUAUCGACGCAACUCAAGAACUCCUAGCCAUCGGAGCAUCAAACGUAUUGAACUCCUUCGUUCAAAGCUUCCCAGGAACAGGUUCUUUAUCCAGAUCAGCUGUGAACAAUGCCAGCGGAGUUCGCACGCCACUGGGAGGUCUAUAUACAGGGCUUCUAGUAAUACUAGCCCUACUUUUCUUGACGCCAUACUUCUUUUUCAUCCCCAAAAGCACCCUGGCAGCUAUUAUAAUUGCUGCAGUCAUCUUCAUGGUUGAAGUGAAAGUUGUGAAGCCUCUUUGGAGGUCUAAAAAAAGCGAUUUCUUCCUGGCUAUUGUGACGUUUGUUUCCUGUCUUAUUUUGCCUUUGGAGCAGGGAAUUUUGGUUGGUAUUGGUAUUAACUUGGUGUAUAUCCUGUAUCAUGCAGCCAGACCGAAGAUUAGUGUUGAAAAACUGACGUCUGUCGGAGGUGCCGAAUAUCUCCUGUUGACACCUGACAGAUGCCUCAUCUUUCCUUCAACUGAUUACGUCAGAAACCUGGUAACCAAGCACUCGAUACGUCAAGGGAUACCCGUCAUAAUCGAUUGUUCUCAUAUUUAUGGAGCUGACUAUACUGCUGCUCUGGUUAUAGAGACCCUAACCAAAGAUUUCGCUACUAGAGAUCAGCCUUUACUGUUUUACAAUUUGAAACCUUCAGUGAGUUCGGUGUUUGAAGGGUUGAGUCCUAAAGAUUUCGUGGUGUUCUACGAUUAUAGUGAGGUUGAUGAAUUGUUGAAGAACAGGAAGUGUAUCAAGAAACAAAUGGAAAUCAUGGAAGUGUAAUAGAAGAAGUUUUUGGAGAAUUUAUAUAUCUUAGUUCCUACUAGGAUUAAAAAGGAACAAAUAUAAUUUUUAAUAAGAACACUUAAAUUAUGUGCAUUUAACAAAGCAGGGUCUAUAUCUAUAAAGUGUUUGGUUGUUUAAGUAAAUUAUUCUUGGCACUGUUUCAUUUUCACUCUGUAUAUAUAAUUUGAUACUAUAAAUACGGAUUUGAAAAAACCAUGAAAGGUUAUAUUUCACGAAAAUAUUUUAAUUUCUAGAAAAAAAAAACAAUAAAAAUCAAUAUAAAAAUGUUUCAGAAGCAUUGGUGACUGCACUGUGAUACUCAAACGGUCAUUACUUGUAAUAUUAUUUAAUAUCUAAGGUUAAGUUUAUUUCCCUUGUCUCUGGCUAUAUACAGGGUGUCUGCAAUAUUGCCGUAACAUGCGUGUUACUUAAAAAAUAACCCGGUUAUUUCGAAUUUAUUUUAAAAUUGGUAAAUAUCUUUUUUGUCAGAUCUAUUUGAGAAACACCCUGUAUAAAAUCUAUAACUAUCCUUAUAUUAUACAUACACACACCGGAAAAGUCUAGGGAUAUUACAAUUUUAUCCAGCCAUCAUCAGUAAUUUUAUUAUUUGCAUUUCUGAUAUAAUAAAAUUAAAAUAAACAAAUAGUUU